AACGCGAAGAGACCCCCAGCUGAUACGCAGCCACCCACGCACGCGCCAGCCCCCAGCUUUCGAACCAGCGCGCCCUUUGUAAACUCGUAGUAGGUCUAUGCGUCGCAGAGCCGGCCUGCCAAGGUCAUGAGUGCCCGAGAUGAGAGGGCGGCGGCAACUGGCACGGGCGUGUCCGACGGUUGGAUUGCGCACCUGAGGCGGCGGGAUCGCAGAGUCAAAUGCUCACUGUGCGAGGCAGAGAUGCCAAAGAGCCUGGAGACGUUUCGCGAGCAUGUGCAGGCCACUCAUGGCGAUCUCGCCCAGGACACUGCCGCGGUCGAGGCCGCGUUUGCGAGGAUGAACCUGAACGCCUCCGACAUGUCGGCAACGCGCUCCCCCGCGCAAAGACAACCGCAGACUACGCGGAAGCGGCAGAACUUGAGCGCUGGGUCGAAUGAGCCAGGCCCGGCGUCAGGAGACGCCAAUGAUGACGAGCCGGUCGUCAAGAGGCUACGAUCUCCGCCGCUGACCAGGGCCAGCCCUCGUCACGGCCCUUCUUCACCGUCCACGCCUACUGCGACCAACGGACGUCAGCAGGCGCUCAAGGACUCGCCAGAGGAGUUCUCGCGGGGCACCCAUCGCGCACCGGCCUCUGGGCGGAAACUCUUCGACCCUGCGACGGACAGUGCCACGCGAGGCCGUGGGCGCGGCGCUUCAAGGGGGGGGACGGCUCGACCGCCCCCAGCGGCUCAGCCGAGGCCAGCCCCCCUGACCACGUUCGCGCAAGGCCAUGUGCGGAUCUUUAUACAGGAGAAGCCCCAGGUCCCCAACAGCGUGCAGGAAAGGGAACCGUUCACCACGCCCAUGACGCCGGCGCAGCUUGCUGCCGAGGUGACCAAGAUUUCCAAGAUGAUCGCGGACGGUCAAGAACGGUGCACGAAAUGGACCACGGCUAAGAAAGCGACACCCGACGCCAAGAUUACCCCCGAAGAAUGGUAUUUGCAGUGGCUGGAGCACCGGGCCCUGCUGAACAACCACUACGACUUGCUCAUGGCGUGUCAAGAUCCAGCUGGGCAAGACACGCUCACAUAUAUCCCCGUCGAGAGGGAUAUGCCGGCCAAGCUGUGGCAAUUUGGCAUCUACCAAUACCUCGAGCUGCUGAGGACUCGCCUGCCCGACGCGUACGAACCGCUGGUGUGCUUCCUGUACACGGCAUACGGCCUCUUGGGCCUGCUCCGAGAGACCAACCCGCUGUUCCAGGACACCUGGACAGAGUGUCUCGGUGAUCUGGCUCGCUAUCGCUAUGCGAUUGAGAACAAGGAGGAGGUCCGCGAGCACUGGGAGGGUGUAUCCCGGACGUGGUACAUGUACACCUCGGACAAGCUGCCGCACGUCGGUAGGCUGUACCAUCACUUUGCGGUCCUCAACCGGGGCUUCGUGGUGCCGCAGCUCUGCUACUGGGCCAAGUCGCUGUGCGUGCUGCUGCCCUUUGAGGGCACACGCGCGAGCAUCCGCAAGCUGUACGACCCCUUGUUCGGACAGGCCACGUCGGACUGGUUCCGGCGCGAUAUACGGUUGGUGACCACGGGUGACGGCGAGCAAGCUACGGGCGACGAGGACGGCGACGCGGAGGAGGAGCGGGGUGCCGCAUCCUCCUCGGACAACGCGAUCCAUAAACAUCGCAUGGUCGAUAUGACGUUUGCGCUAGUCCUUGGCAUUCUGUUCACGGGGGAGCACGAGGAUCUGCUUGACGAGGCCCAGGCGUAUUACCUGCGCAGCCUCGACACCCACAUUGCUAUGAUGUCGAAGCGUUGGUUGGAGAGUGGGUACCAAACAGGCAUCGCCAUCGCAUGCAACCUGCUUGGGUACUGGCAUCAAAAUGGCAACGAAUUCAGGGACAACGAAGCCACACGCGCCGAGUUUGACGUGUCCCUGAUAUUUCUAACCCAGGUCUACGAGAUCGCUAUCCGACGCACGGGGGAUACCAACACGCUACCCUUUGCGCACACGAUCCUGACCUUUUUACUACACGUGUCCAAGUACCCAGCCGCCAUGGCGCGUAUAGCAGAACGCUUCCCGUGGGAUCUCACCGCCGACAUGCUCAACUACUGGCUUUUCACGGCGCGGAACAACAAGAGCAACCCGCAGUUCCGCGAGGAGACGUUCCCGGGCUCCCACGGCGAGCAGCAGCCCACACGCCCGCUGCCGGAGGACUAUGCCAUGCGCGGCCUAUGGUAUACGGACGACUACUUCCCCAUGAACUGGUUCCGGAACAGCAAGGUGGAGUUUGAGGAGCGCUACUUUGAGCGUCGGUCCCUCGUCGACCUGCGCGUGGAACGCAUCUUGUGGAUUGCGAUGCGGCUGAGCAAGGCGGGCGAUUGGUUGGUGUUUGAUGUGUCGUUGGAGAAAUUCGGCGCUGCAGGACGGUUUGUCAUGGAUGUCAGUGGGUAAGUGAUCAAGGGCUAGGCGAGGCUAGGCUAGGCUACGUAGGCCAUAAUUAUUAGAUGCAUUUGUUUUUUCGCC